AGAGAAGAGAAGAAGGCUGAGCCUGAGACUGCUGAGAAGGAGGGUGAGGAGGAGGAGGAGGAGAAGAGGAAGGGUUGAUAAAACUACCAUCUCUCUCUCUCUGCGCUCAGAGCGCUAUUCUCUGCCAGGCUUUGAAGCUGACAGAGAGAGAGGAGACAGAAGCACGAUUCGUUCAUCAUAGCGCCUUUACAGAAGUUUACCAUCCCAAAUCGUGAACCGGACAGACGAAAGGUUUUAAUCCAGGAUCUGAAGAGGCGAUUUAUGGUGAAAAGUAUGCUUUUCUAAAGUAAAAUAUUUGGACAGACGAGGCAUCGCAUCGUUGCAGCGCUGAUACAAAGUUUGCAGGUCCUCUACUUAGUUGGGAAGUUCGUUUCCCAUAGUUGGCUUCUGAGUGACCUCUGCUUCUUCUCGGCUGGAAUCCUUGAAAGACUAAAUAACGUGAUUUAGAUAGUUUGGAGCGCUGGUGGAAUUUUAACUGGAGACGGAGUUCUUCCAUGCAACAGUUGGCUAUUUUGUACGAGUAAGCCAUGGCACAACAGACCAGAAACGGAGGGACCUCAUUGAACAACAACGGCACCGAUAUCACCAAGAGGAAACUGUUGACAGGACUGGAUCUCUUCUGCCUGCUACUAGCUGGCCUGCCCUUCCUGAUAAUAGAGACUAGCACCAUACAGCCGUACCAGAGAGGUUUUUACUGUUCUGAUGAGUCCAUCCGGUACCCAUAUAAAAAUGGAGACACUAUCAGCGAUGCUGUGCUCUGUGCUGCUGGCAUUCUUAUUGCCAUCCUCUCUAUUGUUAUAGGAGAGUGUUACAGGAUUCACCAUCUGAGGGAGGGAUCUAGGUCUUUCAUUGGGAACCCUUAUGUCUCAUCUCUCUACAAACAGGUUGGAGUGUUUAUAUUUGGCUGUGCCAUUAGUCAGUCGUUCACAGACAUCGCCAAGGUGUCAGUGGGCAGGAUGAGACCGCACUUCCUGGACGUGUGUAACCCUGACUGGUCAGCCAUCAACUGUUCCCUCGGAUACAUCACCUCAUACACCUGUAAUGGCCCUGAGAGCAAAGUACAGGAAGCCAGGAAAUCAUUCUUCUCAGGACAUGCCUCCUUCUCCAUGUUUACUAUGCUCUACCUGGCUUUUUAUCUCCAGUCCAGGUUCACCUGGCGAGGUGCCCGUUUGCUCCGCCCCCUCCUCCAGUUCACGCUGCUGAUGAUGGCAUUCUACACCGGCCUAUCACGCGUCUCCGACCACAAGCACCACCCCACAGACGUACUGGCCGGCUUUGUACAGGGCGCCCUGGUGGCCUACUGCAUAGUGUUCUAUGUAUCUGACCUGUUCAAGCCGCAGGAGAAGCCUGCCUCGCCCCCUCCCUCCCCCAUCAAGAAGGAGCUCCUCCCCCCUGCUGACAUCAUCGAGCGGAACAACCACCACAACAUGGUGUGAGACAGGCCCCUUCCCCUGACCGAGGAGCCUAUCACAGCGCUUCUCACCGCCCAUUGGACAGUAGAAUGUAGCGACCAGAGAGACUAUGGUCGCAUCUCAAAUCACACUCUGCUCCUUAUAUAGUGCACUACUUAUCACACCCGCUGGUGCAAAGUAGUGCACUACUUAGGGAGUAGUGCUUUAUUUGAGUCCUGCCCUGCAGAAACCACUAUCCAGACUCUUUACUACUAUUGUUAUUACUACUAUUCUGAUUUGAGCCCAAGUUAGAGAAAAAAGAAAAGAAUCAAAAGCUAAAAGACAAGAAGUUAGAGACAGACAGACAGACAGACAGACAGAGACAGACAGACAGACAGACAGACAGACAGACAGACAGACAGACAGACAGACGUGCAGAGCUGUUGAAACGGAACACAAUGUAUCCACACAAAGGGAAAAAAAAUUAAAUAAAUAAAUGAAUGAAUGAAUGAAUGAAGGAGAAAAAGACAGACAUAUUAGCUGUCUCUGUCUGAGGCCUUGACAUAGGAUAACAACUUCCUUAGUAAUAGGAACUAUAUUACUGCAAUAUUACUAGCACAUGACACAUCUAGUAUGUGAGUAACAAUAUAGAGUAGAAUAACUUACAGCACUAGAAUCCAGUUUACUGUCGAUUAUCACCACUCAUCACCAGAUGGACCAGCUAUAAGAACGCUUGUUGAUGCUUACGUAGAAGGUUGAAGUUAACCUAUAACUAGUUAACUUGUCCAAUGCCAGCUACUGACUACUACAACAGAAGGAAGAGACCUGGAGAGGAACCAGACACAUUUAAGGACUCUUGGAAUAUUAGUCCAAAUGAGGACAAAAAAAGAUCCUUAUAAAAAUCUAAUGAAAUCCACCUCUAGCUUCUAACUCCAGGUAUAGAAGUUUAGACUAGUCUAGUUGUCCGCUCAACAAGCCUCUUAUAACUGCCCCUUUGAGUAGCCUAACCUGAGAUGAUGUUUUCUGAAAGAGGGGGUGAGAUGAAGAAGGGUUUCAUGAACGAUGGAGGGUAAAGGAGAGAUAUUGAUUAGUAUUAGUUUGGGGGAGGUGGGGAAGAAUGGAGGGAGGGGGAGGUAAAUAUCUCUCAGCCACCUGUCACUCGGUGUGGGGGUGUGGCUGUGCCACGCUGCCAUCUGAUUAGCUGCAUAGGUGGAGGUGUGGUCUGUUGCCAUGGACGUAGGGUUGAUUGACAGCUAAGCUGUCACAUUAUUAUGGGAUAGGGGCUCUUUCCGCUGGCAGGGAGGGGCUCUGGCCCACCCAAUCACUCAUUGGCAGUAUGUGUCCUGUGUGUCACUGUGUUUUGUGUGUGUGUGUGAGGGUUUGCAUGUCUUGUGUGAUUAUGUCUGUGUCUGUGUUUGUUUUAAUUAAUCCUCCUGGUAGUGUGUAUAGCAUGAACCCCCCUCACACACACCACUGUCUGUGCCAAGAGUGUGUACCACUAUGUUUGCGUACGUGUGUGUCAGAGAGGGCCAGGGAUGGAGGGAUGAGACCCUGUCCGGAGAAUAUUAGAAAACUGUGGAUUGAAUAUUUUUAUUUUCUGCUAUGAUGGAUCUUUAACAUGUUCAGUGCUAGUCCAGUGAUGUAAUUAACAAACCUAUCCCCAUCAGCCAUUUUAUUUUACAGCUCAGUUUACUUAGGGGAAAUCUCAAGUGGCCCACUAUUGCCUAUGGCAGGGUUCCCCAAACUCGGUCCUGGGCCCCCCACCCGGGUGCACGUUCUGGUUUUUGCUCUAGCACUACACAGCUGAUUCAAAUAACCAACUCAUCAUCUAACUUUGAUUUAUUUGAAUCAGCUGUGUAGUGCUAGAGCUAGAGUUUGGGAAACCCUGCCCUGUAGAAUGCUCUUCUUGCUAAAAUAAGUGCACUAGAUACGGAAUAGGGUGCCAUUUUGGACAGAACCUAAGACAUCUUCUCAGCAUCACCACUUUCUAAUCACGUUUAGUCCGUCCUAUCAUUUAAGAAAACCCUUUUCAUUUUAUAAAUAUAUAAAUAAUGUAUAGUUCACUAAAAUUAACUGUAUAAGAUAUAAUUUCUUAUGUUUAGCUAUUGUCCACUAUGAAACCACAACCUGUGUUAUCUACCAAGUGCUGCUUAAAAAGCAUUGAUUGACAGAUUUUUGUAUUUAGUUAACUAAAAUAUUGUAGAUUUGUGAUAGUAUGUUUUUUAAUACACAUUGAAAACAAACACACCUACAAGUUUCUUAAAAUUCACUAUCAGUAUUUUUGUAUUGUCUCAUUUUGUAUAAAAUAAAUAUUAGCAAAAAAAAUGUCCUGCUAAAUGUACUUAGCUCUACUAGAUGUGGUUCUAAAUAAAAAGCCCAUUAUGAACACAA